CUGCACAAAAAAAAAGAAGAAAAAAACUCAGAGCAGAGGACGGAGAGAGAUCUCUUCAAGAAAAAUGUCAAUAUCCAUGGCGUUAUUCUCUCCACCGAUCUCAUCCUCACUUCAAAACCCUAAUCUCAUCCCCAAGAUCUCAUCCUCUCUCCUCUCCACCAAGCGGUUCUCUCUCAUCUCCGUCCCUCGAGCUUCCUCCGACAAUGGUACGACUUCACCAGCGUCUGCUUCAGUCUCGGCAACCACCGUCGUGGAGAUUCCGAAGCCUGCGGCUGUGGCUGUAGAGGAAGUUCCGGUUAAAUCUCCAGCGGAAAGCUCCUCCGCUUCGGAAAACGGCGCCGUUGGAGGUGAAGAGACUGAUUUGGGUACUGCUGCGACGGUAAUCAAAUUUGAGAAUGCGAAGUGGGUUAAUGGAACUUGGGAUCUGAAACAGUUCGAACUCUACAAAUCUGAAGCCAUUUUCACGGUGACCCAAGUCGUCGUGGAGGCAAAAACCCUUUACCUCCGGGAUCAAAAUCUUGGAGAGACGAAGAUGGCGACAUCGUUUUCCAAAAUUCUAACGAGAUCGAACGCUCAGAGACACUGGUGCUCUACUACAACCAGUAUAUCUGCCUCUCCUUCUUUACCGAAACAGUUCUGGUCAAGACACUUCUCCGCCGUCGCUGACUCUUCCUCCUCUAGCUCCGCCGCUCUUGGAAGCCAAUCGAGUUCUUCUGCUCCACCACAAGAGAACAAACGAGGGUCCAAAUGGUCACAAUUGCUACUAUUCUUACCUGGAGCGAUUACCUUCGGCCUCGGGUCAUGGCAGAUCGUCAGAAGAGAGGAAAAGUUCAAAACACUGGAGUAUCAACAGCAACGGUUGAACAUGGAACCAAUGAAGCUAAAUAUAGACCAUCCUCCUGAUAAGAAUCUAGAUGCAUUAGAAUUUAGACGGGUUAGUUGCAAGGGUGUGUUUGACGAGCAAAGGUCUAUCUAUUUGGGUCCACGGUCUAGGUCUAUAUCGGGAGUUACUGAAAAUGGAUUCUAUCUCAUCACACCUCUAAUGCCAAUCCCCGGUGACCUGGAUAGCAUACAGUCGCCUAUUCUGGUGAAUCGUGGAUGGGUUCCUCGAAGUUGGAGAGAGAAGUCACCAGAAUCCACAGAGGCUGACUUCGUUGCAAAUCAGUCAACAAAAGCUAAAUCACCCUCCGAUGAACCAAAGUCCUGGUGGAAAUUUUGGUCUAAGACGCCAGUGAUUACCAAGGAACAUGUAUCCGUGGUUAAGCCUGUAGAAGUUGUUGGUGUGAUCAGGGGAGGAGAGAACCCAAGCAUAUUUGUUCCAUCCAAUGAUCCAAGUACCGGGCAGUGGUUCUAUGUAGAUGUUCCUGCGAUGGCUCAAGCCGUUGGCCUUCCUGAAAAUACAGUCUACGUAGAGGACGUCCAUGAACAUGUAGAUCGGAGUAGACCAUAUCCUGUUCCCAAGGACAUCAACACCUUGAUCCGUAGUAAAGUCAUGCCACAGGACCAUCUCAACUACUCAAUAACAUGGUAUUCUCUCUCCGCGGCUGUCACUUUCAUGGCUUACAAGAGACUGAAGGCAAAGCCUGCCCGCAGAUAAGCUCUAGCUGAUCAAAUCAAAUCUUAAUUCUUUUUUGUCACUUGUCUGCUGAAGUAAUAAUUGCAGAGGAUAGUGGAUUUUAGGCUUAAACUUUCAUAAGAAAAAGGGACACAAUGAAAUGCUUGGUAUUGUGAGAAUUUAAUAGAGAUUUGUAGUUUUC